AUGUCUGCCGCCCCCUCCAAGACCAUCGCGAUUGACGGCAAGGAUAUCUCGAUCCCCACGGGUCUCUUCAUCAACAACGAGUUCAUCAACGCGCUUGCCGGCAAGACUUUCGAAGUCGAGGAUCCCAGCACCGGAAAGGUGCUCCUGUCGAUCCAAGAAGGUCUCCCCGAGGAUGUCGACGUCGCGGUCAAGGCGGCCAGGGCGGCCUUUGAAGCCGGCUGGGCUGAUUCCGACCCGGCCUGGAGAGGCUCGUUGUUGCAGCGCCUUGCCGACUUGAUGGAGAAGCACCGCCACGAGCUUCUCGCCGUUGAGGUCGUCGACAGCGGCAACACCCUCCACCAGGUCUCGACCGUCGAUCUCCCCGCCUCCAUCGGCACGCUGAGGUACUAUGCGAGCUGGGCGGACAAGGUGUAUGGCCGCACUUCGGCCACCGUGCCCGGCACUUUCACCUAUACGGUCAGGGAGCCCGUUGGAGUGUGUGGACAGAUCAUCCCCUGGAACUUCCCACUUAUGAUGUUCAUCUGGAAGAUCGCGCCUGCCUUGGCUACCGGCAACACGAUUGUGAUAAAAUCGGCAGAGAGCACUCCCCUGUCGGCCCUCUACAUGUGCCAGCUGAUCCGAGAAGCUGGAUUCCCUGCCGGCACUGUCAACCUGAUCUCUGGCUUUGGUCCUACUGUGGGCGCCGCCAUCGCAAACCACAUGGAUGUGGACAAAGUCGCUUUCACUGGGUCCACUGCGACGGGACGUGUUAUCAUGAAGGCGGCCGCGUCGUCCAACCUCAAGAAGGUCACGCUGGAGCUUGGAGGCAAAAGCCCGAACAUUGUCUUCCCUGAUGCGGAUCUUGAGAAAGCGGUCGACUGGUCGGUUCUCGGCAUCGACUUUCACGCCGGCCAGGUCUGCCACGCCGGCACCCGCAUCUACGUGCACGAAGACAUCUACGAUGCCUUCCUUGCGGCCUUCACAAAGAAGUUGUCCGCCACCAAGGUCGGCAGCAACCUGAACGGUUCGACCGACCAAGGCCCGCAGAUCAACAAGUCGCAGUACAACAAGAUUCUGGGAUAUAUCGACACUGGUAAGAAAGAAGGCGCUAGGCUGCACCUGGGUGGCCUCGCCAUCUCCAACAACGGCGGCUACUUUAUCGAGCCGACCAUUUUCACAGACGUCACGCCAGAGAUGAAGAUCGUCAAGGAAGAGAUCUUCGGUCCCGUCGUGGUGAUCGCCAAGUUCAAGACCGAGGAGGAAGUCCUCAAGCUUGCCAACGACACCAGCUACGGUCUCGCCGCUGGCGUCCACACCAAUGACUACCAGCGGGCCUUGCGCCUUACCAAGAAGCUCAAGGCUGGCACCACGUGGGUCAACAUGUUCAACUUCCUGCACUGGAGCAUGCCCUUUGGCGGGUACAAGGAGAGCGGCAUCGGGCGCGAACUCGGCGGUGAGGCCCUCGACAAUUACACCCACGUCAAGACCGUCUACUUCAACAUGGGUCUCCCAGCCCCGAAGCCCGCUUCUUUGGCCUAG